AUGUGGCGCUCGGCUGCUCUGCUCCUCUCGGGAAUCUCGGUGUUGAUUCACGUAUCAUCUGGGGGUCCUCACCAGAGAAAGCUGCUGAAAAGCCUGCUGAAGGACUACAACCGUAUGGAGCGUCCGGUGGGCAACGACUCGAACCCAUUAACUGUCACCUUCUCGCUCAGUUUAAUCCAGAUCAUGGACGUGGAUGAGAAGAACCAGGUGCUCACCACCAACAUGUGGCUGCGGAUGAGCUGGUUCGACCACUACCUCCAGUGGAACCAGAGCGAACAUCCCGGAGUUAAAAAUCUUCGCUUCACCACCGACCAAAUCUGGACGCCAGAUAUUCUGCUGUACAACAGUGCAGACGAUGACUUCGACUCCACCUUCAAGACCAACGUUCUGGUCAACUCUAGCGGCUUUGCUGAAUAUUUGCCUCCAGGUAUUUUCAUGAGCACGUGCAACGUAGACGUGCGCUGGUUCCCUUUCGACAUCCAGAAGUGUGUCCUCAAGUUCGGCUCGUGGACUUACGACGGCUUGCUUCUUGACCUCCAGAUGAACGACGCCGACAUCUCGGGCUACAUGCCUAACGGCGAAUGGGAUCUCAUAGGAGUGCCUGGCACCCGCAACGAAAUUUUCUACGAUUGCUGUAAAGAGCCUUACCCGGACGUGACUUUCAACGUGACCAUCCGGCGAAGGACGCUUUACUACGCCCUCAACCUGCUCAUCCCCUGCAUGCUCCUGUCCUCCAUGACCCUUCUCAUUUUCGUUCUACCCGCCGACUCAGGAGAGAAGAUUUCUCUGGGGAUCACCGUCUUGCUGUCGCUGACUGUGUUCAUGCUGUUGGUGGCUGAGAUCAUGCCAGCAACGUCUGACUCGGUUCCGCUUAUAGGUCAGUACUUUGCCAGCAUCAUGAUCAUUGUGGGCAUGUCCGUUAUCGCCACCGUGGUAGUCCUGCAGUAUCAUCAUCACGAUCCCAACGGAGGGAAUAUGCCCAAAUGGGUAAAGCUGGUUCUUCUUCAAUGGGUGGCGUGGUUUCUUCGGAUGAAGCGUCCCGGUGAAGCAGAAAAACCCAGAAGGCCCCCGUGUGCCCCCCACCUGCGUCGCUGCUCCUCAGGCUCUCAUAGCGGUAGCAUACCCAAUCAUGGUGAUCCUGGCCUGCACUCGUUGCACCCUCAGAACCUGCACCCGCUCCACCAACCGCACCCCCACGGACCGUCUGGCACCACCAACAACGGUAACCUACUUUACUUUCAAGGAAUGGAAGAGCCUUCAUUGUUGCCCGAUGCGGGCCAGAGGUGCAAUAACAUCUCUACAGGGCCCCGGAGCCCGCCCCCACACCUGCCGCCCCAUCUUUGCGGAUCCCCGCCGCCACCGGCACCUAAUUUGGACGGCAUGGGCUGCCCUAGCACCGUCUCCAGUGGGGGUGGCUUCGGCGUGGGCAGCGGUCCGUGCCAAGUCCUAAGCCACGGGGACCCCCUGCUUCAAGCAAUCCUAGAGGAGGUACGCUACAUGGCGGACCGAUUUCGCGAGCACGAUGAGGCGGAAUCCGUUGCCGACCAGUGGAAGUUCGCUGGGGCCGUAAUCGACCGCCUGUGUCUGGUGGCGUUUAGCGUCUUCAACAUUAUCUGCACCAUCUCCAUCCUUAUGUCGGCGCCAAACUUUGCUGACGCCGUUUCCAAGGACUUUGUCUGA